CUAUUUGUCUCGUAUAAUAUAAAAAAAAUCCACCCCCUUUGUUCUGUCCUUUCUUUCUCACUGGAUCUUUAGUAUCCAUCUCAAUUUUUAUUUACAGUAUUCAUAUCCCUUUCUCCUCUCUGUCUAUCUCCCCCAACGUUCUCGUCCACCUCCUUUUCUGCUUCAUCUUCUGCCAGCACUGUCACUUUUAGGUUUCUGUAUUGUAAUUAUCGAGUUGCCCCUUUUGAGAUUAUUUCCCAAAUUGUGUUCAUUGUAGAGUUAAAAGAAUUGGAGCUGUUGAUUUGGGCUGAAGGUUUUAUCUUUUUUUUUGAGAUCUGAAUUCUGCUUUUGAUAGAAAUGGGAAGUUCUGAGGAGAGAGUUGUGGCUGUGAUCAUGGUCGGUGGACCAACCAAAGGUACACGUUUCCGCCCAUUGUCAUUGAAUAUCCCAAAGCCACUUUUUCCAUUAGCAGGACAGCCAAUGGUUCAUCAUCCGAUCUCUGCCUGUAAAAAGAUUCCGAACCUAGCGCAGAUCUACCUCAUUGGCUUCUAUGAGGAGCGUGAAUUUGCUAUAUAUGUGUCUUCAAUCUCGAAUGAACUAAGAAUUCCUGUCAGAUACCUGAAGGAGGACAAACCACAUGGUUCAGCUGGAGGCCUUUACAACUUUAGGGAUCUGCUUAUGGAAGACAGCCCGUCACAUAUAUUUUUGCUGAACUGCGACGUUUGCUGCAGCUUUCCUUUGCCUGAGAUGCUCGAGGCUCAUAGAAGAUAUGGUGGAAUGGGAACCAUUCUUGUCAGCAAGGUGUCUGCUGAGACAGCCAGUGAAUUUGGUGAACUGGUUGCUGACCCCGAAACCAAUGAACUGUUGCAUUACACAGAGAAACCUGAAACUUUUGUGAGUGAUCGCAUCAACUGUGGUGUGUACGUAUUUACGCCCGAUAUCUUUAAUGCUAUUCAAGGAGUAUCCACUCAGAGGAAAGACAGAGCUAAUCUAAGGCGUGUAUCCAGCUUUGAAGCUCUUCAGCCAGUAAAUAGGAGUCUUCCAACAGACUUUGUACGGUUGGAUCAAGAUAUUUUGACCCCUCUUGCAGGGAAGAAGCAGCUAUAUACCUAUGAAACCAUGGAUUUCUGGGAACAAAUUAAAACACCAGGGAUGUCUUUGAAAUGCUCCGGUCUCUACCUGGCUCAAUAUAGUUCCACAUCACCACAUCUUUUGGCAAGUGGGGAUGGCUCAAAGACUGCAACCAUCAGCGGUGAUGUUUAUAUCCAUCCAUCUGCUAAAGUUCAUCCAACUGCCAAGAUUGGUCCAAAUGUUUCAAUUUCUGCUAAUGCUCGUAUUGGAGCUGGUGCCAGGCUCAUCAGUUGUAUUAUCCUUGAUGAUGUUGAAAUCAAGGAAAAUGCGGUUGUUAUUCAUGCAAUUGUUGGCUGGAAGUCUUCAAUUGGCAGAUGGUCAAGAGUCCAGGGUGUAGGAGACUACAACACAAAGCUCGGGAUCACAAUUCUUGGUGAAUCUGUGUUGGUCGAGGAUGAAGUAGUGGUAAUCAACAGCAUUGUUCUGCCAAACAAGACUCUUAAUGUGAGUGUCCAAGAAGAGAUCUUACUUUAAACACAGAGAGAUGAAUUUGGCAGUGCCCCCUUUUGCUAAUGCUACUAAGCCAUCUUCAUCCCCCUAGGCUUGUAUUACCAUUUUAAUUCUAUGUAUGUAUUGUUUGUACAUUUGAAUACGGAACAAUUUUGCUAGUUUACUGUUUAUUUGUAAUUUUCAAUAGUAAGAACUGCAAUAAACCCUUCUUUUCUUAAUUUUA